CAUCUUCAAUGCGCUUCCAGUAGGCAGCAAACUAAGCAAACAGUAGCAACACGGAAAACAGUUGGCUAUAAAAACUUAAAAACCGAAUAAUGUGUGGAAUAUUUGCCAUCAUCUCCAAGGAUGGCAGUCCUAUUGAACCAAAAAAACAUUACGGAAGGCUUCACUCCUUGAGGCAGAUAGCUUAUAGGCAAAGUGGCAAACAAAGACAUCGGGGUCCUGAUUACACCGGAGUGCACUGCAUGACCGAGGACGGUGUCAUUAUGAUACAUGAACGCUUGGCCAUUGUGGGUGUCGAGACUGGACAUCAACCACUAUUUUCUGAAAAUGAAAAUAUUGUCAUGGUGGCUGUCGGAGAGAUAUACAACUAUGUGGAACUUGCAAAAGAAAUCUCCAAGAGGCGAGGUAACUACAAACCCAAAAGCGACUGCAGUGUCAUUGUUGAACUGUACGAGGAGUACAAGGAACAAUUGGUGGAGCAUAUAACAGGCAUGUAUGCAUUUGUGCUGUACGACAAGAAAAACAAAACCAUUUUGGUAGCCAGAGAUCCAUUUGGAAUUAUACCAUUGUAUAUUGGAGAAGAUGUUGAUGGCAACAUCUGGGUAGCUUCUGAGAUGAAAUGCAUGGUAGACGUCUGUGCCAAAAUAGAAGUGUUCCAACCGGGAGAAUUGAGGCUGGGAAAAGCGGACAAUCUAGCAAAACAAACGUAUUUCAAACAAUCUUGGAUGUAUGAAACACCAUGUAUGAGAGUAGAUUUGGACCGGCUUCGAACAUCUUUGGAAAACGCUGUGCGAACACACUUGCAAUGUGAUGUUCAAUUUGGAGCUCUCCUUUCUGGCGGUGUAGAUAGCAGUUUGAUAGCCUCGAUUGCAACAAAAAUUCGUCGAGAGCAAGAGCCAAACUUUCGCCUAAAGACAUUCUCUGUUGGUCUACGCAACGCGCCAGAUUUUAAUGCUGCUCGCAUGGUAGCCGACUAUAUUGGAAGUGAACACAAAGAAGUGAUUUUCGAAAUAGAUGAUGCUCUGGAUGCAAUUCGUGACAUUAUCUACCACUUGGAGACAUAUGACGUCACAACUGUACGAUGCAGCUUGCCUAUGUUGCUUUUGGCGCGCUAUAUCAAGAGCACAGGUAUCAAAAUGAUCCUCUCAGGCGAAGGAGCCGAUGAAAUUUUUGGUGGCUACUUGUAUUUUUUCAGUGCACCCAACUAUAAGGACUUCCACCAGGAGCUUGUGAAAAGAGUCUCACAGCUACAUCUGUCCGAUUGUCUAAGGACAAAUAAAGUAUCUAUGGCCAAAGGCAUUGAACUGCGUGUGCCGUUUUUGGACACUGCCUUUGUAAAUUACGUCAUGUCAGUACGGCCAGAGGAUAAAAUUCCGGGUGACCUCAAUUGCUUGAAUGAUAAACGAAUGUAUCGCAUCGAAAAACAUAUUUUGCGAGCAGCAUUCGCCAACAAUUAUCUUCCCGAUAAAGUCCUCUGGCGACAAAAGGAGCAAUUUUCCGAUGGCGUUGGGUACGAUUGGAUUGAUAGCAUCCGUCGUGUUGCAACUGAGUUCGUUUGUGACACAGACUUUGCCAAGGCUUCCCACAAAUUCCCCAUCAACACCCCCACCACGAAAGAGGCCUUCUAUUAUCGCAGCAUAUUCGAAGAAAUGUUUCCGGGUAACUAUGCUGCACAAACCGUAACACGCUGGACACCCCGUCGAGACUGGGGCUGUCCCGAAGAUCCAUCUGGCCGAGUGCAGACAGUUCAUCGUAUUCAUCAAUAGUAUAUAUAUCAGUAGACUUUCCUUAUUAGACUAAAGACUGAUAUUUAUCAUUUGAAAUGUUUUCUUCGUUCUUCCGUCAUUCAUUUAUUAAGCGACCACGCACGUAAUACGUGCAGAUACGCCAUGUCAAACACAUCUACAUACAUGUGGAAUAAACUACAGUAUAUUCUUUUGUAGGCACAUUGUUACUCUGAGAUCUGAAUUAAAAUUCUUUCUUUAAUACAUACAAACAUAAGUCUCUGAGUGUGAUUAGUAUGCAUACAAAAAAUAUAAUGACAAUAUUAUAUGUAAUAUAUGUACGGUCAGAGAAAUGUUUUAGUAAAAACAGCAAACAUUUUAGCUGUAGCCACAGAAAGUAUGCUGAAAAUGGGACAGUAGUAAUUUUUUGCUAUGAUAACAACAUUUCCUGCUGUUUUCAGAUGAAUGCAAUUUGAAAAAAGGCUAAAACUAUCAUAAAUACUUCACUAAUACAUUAUUUUAUUUAGUUGACUACAAUUUGAUACUUUUUGAAUGAUUUUGAACAAUGACAGACAAAAUAACUACUAAAAUCAUAUUUAUGCCUUUAAACAGAAAAUGUUCUCCUAAAAUUGUGAAAAAUGUUUAUCAAUAUAUAGCAAAUGCUGCAAACUUUUUGUAGAUGCUCAAACCUUUUGCAAGAUUCUAUACAAAAGUUGAAAAUGCUUAAUUUAAUAUCAGCAGGCGGAGUUUGGUGAUAUUAACAGACUUAUUUCUCUGGGUGUAUGUAUUCCAUAGACACCUAUAAAAGUAUAAAGUAGAUAAAAUAUAUGACGAUAUGUUUAGAUAUAUUGAAAGAGAAAAAUAAAAGAAUUUAAUUAAUGGA